CCAUAGUAGGAUUGGUUGAUUCCGUCUCCGGGUGUGAAGGGGUUAACAGGGAGGGCGGAACUCCGCACCGGCCGCAGUAGAUGAUCGCAAUAUUGAUAGCGAGAGGUGUGGAGACACUGACGCUGCUCGGAGACGCGUUUUAGGAAUGUUAUUUGGAUUUCUUUUGCAUGACUACGGGAUCGUGACGCGCGCGUAUUGACCUCUUGGAUGAUACAGAGUGGACGCGACGCGAGUGUUGCGCGUCGCACGGAUACCGAAGCGGAUACAAAUCCAUUUGUGAAUGUAAUAUUAAAUCAUCGCGUGUAUAUUCAGGCAGGGGAGCGUUUAGAGAUGCGCAGACGCGGGUGUGCAGGUGGAUGAUGAUGAGGAGGAAGAUGAAUCCAUAUCAGCUUUCUCUUUUCAAUGAAUAGUUAUUGAUUACUCUAAUUCACAGUAGAUUUAACACAGGGAGGAGUAACCCGAGGCGCAAUGGUCGUAGUUCAUGGAUGCAACCUGCUCGGGUUCGAACCUGCACCCGCCGGGUCACCCGCCUCAGGUGUGUGAGCAUCAGCGGUCAGCCGUCAUGUUGCCCGGGGUGGGUGUGUUCGGCACGAGUCUGACGGCCCGGGUCAUCAUCCCUCUGCUGAAGAACGAGGGCUUCUCGGUGAAGGCGCUGUGGGGUCGCACGCAGGAGGAGGCGGAGGAGCUCGCGCGCGACAUGAACGUGCCCUUCUACACUAACCGGAUCGAUGACGUGCUGCUGCAUCCGGAUGUGGAUCUGGUGUGCAUCAACCUGCCGCCGCCGCUCACGAGACAGAUCGCCGUCAAGACACUGGGUAUUGGAAAAAAUGUAAUAUGCGACCGGACGGCGACUCCGCUGGACGCCUUCCGCAUGAUGUCAGCGGCCCAGUACUACCCGAAGCUGCUCAGCAUCAUGGGUAACGUGCUGCGCUUCCUUCCCGCCUUCGUCCGCAUGAAGGAGCUGCUGGAGGAGGGUUACGCCGGCGAACUCCUGGUCUGCGAGGCGCAGGUUCACGGCGGCAGCCUCCUCGGGAAGAAGUACAACUGGAGCUGUGACGACCUGAUGGGCGGCGGCGGACUGCAUUCGGUGGGCAGCUACAUCAUCGAUUUACUCACCUUUCUGACCGGCCGGCGGGCGGCGAAGGUGCACGGCUUCCUCAAGACGUUCGUCAAGCAGACCGACCACAUCCGAGGAAUCCGUCAAAUCACCAGCGACGACUUUUGCACCUUUCAGAUGGUGCUGGAAGGAGGCACUUGCUGCACGGUUACGCUCAACUUUAACGUCCCCGGCGAGUUUCGACAGGAGGUUGUGGUCGUGGGAACGGCCGGAAGGUUGAAGGUUUGCGGGACGGACCUGUACGGGCAGAAGAACGAUGGCGAAUGUGGUCAGGAGCUUCUUCUUAAGGACAAAACCCAAGUAGGGGACGCGUCCCUCCCCGACAAGGCUUUCCGGGACAUCCCGUCUCCCUACCUCACUGGCACCAUCUGCAUGGUUCAAGCCGUACGGCAGGCGUUUCAGGACCAAGACGACCGGCGCACUUGGGACGGACGGCCGCUCACGAUGGCCGCGACUUUUGAGGACUGUUUGUACGCGCUUUGCGUCGUAGACACGAUCAAGAAAUCAAAUCAGUGUGGAGAGUGGCAGAACAUCGUCGUGAUGACGGAAGAACCGGAGGUCAGUCCUGCGUACCUGAUCAGCGAGGCCAUGCGACGCAGCCGGAUGUCACUGUACUGCUAACGCGGCUCAUGCGUGGACCCAACUGGAUUAUAGUCCCGAACAUCAUCUCUUGCUGGAGUUACGAGUUAAGGCGCUGUUCACAGCAAGACGAAUGUUUGAUGCAAAAAUUUUAAUGCAACUUGUUCAGACCAAUGCAAUGUUUUGUUUUUUACGGAGAGGUUUGGUAAUCUCCUUUCCAUCGCAUAUGCUUUUAGCGCAUUAACUCUUUCCCUGCCAAACACAGAAUUUUCCGUUAUAUGUGAGAAAACGAUUCCCCGCCAUCCGUGUUUUCACUGUUACACCGUUACCUAUCCAUACGCGAAUUAAAAUUCCAGCGACAAACAAUUUGUCUGUCCACACCAGACGUGACACGACUAUGACAUGUGAUAAAGUCAAUCAAAAAUCACAGCCAAUCAGAAGAGUGCAUGGGCGGGUUCUCUCUGCAAGUUUUCCCGCAGAAUUGGGCUACUUCGCGGGUUGUUUUUCAUGUCCGCGCGUUGUAUCGACCCAAAAUAACAUGAUAUUUAGCCCCUGGAAUGCGAAUUUUACCAGGGGAGCCCUGCCAAAAAUUCAAAUUUUACACCCUAGAAAGCGAUUUUUACUGUGGGACCCCCCUGAAAUGCAAUUGGGCUAGUUUUGAGGAGCAAUUGUGCGGGUUUUGUUGUGAAAACCUGGCAAUCCUGUUUGAAAAGGCGGCAUUCAUUGCCAUUCUUUGUGUUGUUGUUCCAACCGCGACGUUGCAGAAACCGUUUCUAAAAUAGAUUCACCGCGUGUCGCCAUCGCGGCUAGUUAGGACGUUAUUCGCUAGGUGGCGCUUUGACACAUCUUCUGAAAGAGUACUGAAUCUCCUUAUCAGAGUAUAUGUAAAAUAAUGCGAUCACCAAUAUUAAACAGCAAAUAAAUCAAAAAUGCCUAAUGUUUCUGAAUGAAAUGUCGACCCAGGAUAAGCUACAGGACUGUGCAAGCAUUAGGAGUUGAUGGACUCCAUCUACACCAUCUAUGUUUUGAUCAUAGUCUUGAAUCUGAUCCAGAUGUAGGCUAGUUUUUGAUUAAAAACGUGCUUUUCUCAGCUCAAAAUGUUGAUUUUUUAAAUGAAAUUUACCCUAUUCAAGUGUUGAUUAAAAAAAAGGAAUGAUUAGAACUAGAAUAAAACAUAUGUUUUGUUUUUUUGUUUAAAUAGGCUAUAUUGCAUAUUCAGAUAUUCAUUCUGCUAGAUGUUCUGGGGGCCAUGACAUUUUUGUGAGAAUUAGCAAAAAACGUUGAUAGUGCCUGGCAACUUUUUUUAAAAACGCUGGCGGGGAAAGAGUUGAAGAUUUGAGAUCAAACGCAUGUUUUUUGUGCUAAAACGUGAAUGUGUUAAAAUCUAAAAAUUACAAUUUAAAGCCUGUUCACAGCUAGAUGAAUAUUUGGUGCAAAAAUGUGAUGCAAUAAACGAGCGAACAUUUGCUUGCCAAGAUGCAAUGCAAAGAAAAGUAUUUCCGAUUUUCUAAAAGCGCCACCUACUGUCAUUGAGUGAAUCUGCAUUUCAUUCAGCACUGGUCUGAACGGACAAAUUGCACGCAGAAAUCAUUUGUGCCGAACACUCAUGUUGGUGUGAACAGGCCUUUAGAGAGGCUGGAUUCUGGGAAUACCGGGAUACUUCACCUUGAGGACGUGCAGCUGGAGGAAACAUUGUGCCUCUUGAGUUGAACUUUCAGCUGACGGGCUUGACUUGUGUUAAAAAAUCGGCUGCUGGUACUUUUGGUGUCCAAGCGCUGGUCAAGUAUGCAAUAAAAAUCUGCUGUCGGAAGAAAAACAAACAAGGCCACGCUUCGCUGAAAUGCCUUUGUUCCUGCGACGUGUUUGUAAUUCGAGGAUAGCGCAAAAAACAAACAUGCACUUUUGCUUUUCAGUCUGACUUCAGUUUGAAGGUCCCGAUUGUUUAUUCGUGUAAGUGCAACCCAGACAAGGUCAUCUGGCGUCUGUCGGCACGUGUUUGCAUGCUAGUGUGAGUGUGUUUAAUGUGCACAUGGACUCCAGCAGUAAAAACAAUGACUGCAAAUGCAUGAAAUCUCCACUGACGCCGUAAACUAGAGGAUUUGCUGUGUAUUACGAGCUCUGGACAAAACACAAAGAAUGUCAGAUGUUUGUUUCAGGCGUGUGUAUUUAUAAUCCCAAUGUUUGUGUGGUAUCUUGAUCAUUAUUGCUGUAAGUCUGAAAGAUUUUGAAAUGUAAACCAGUUUUAGUCAGGUCUGAACAGGUGUUUUAGGAGGCCGUCACAUCCACCAUCAGUGCUUCUCAGCUGGUUUUGCUUUAGGAUCCAGAUUUUAUAUUAGAAAUCACGUGGUGACCCGAAAAUAAACAAAAAUCUGAGAUAAUAUU